UGCUUGAAAAAAGCCGCACAAUACGGCUAAUACUGUACAUAUUUUAUUAUAAUUUAUAAGCGACGCACCAAAACCAUUUCAUUUUAAUGGGUAAUUUCAAGUAAUUCGUUUUUAAUAACCUCGAUUAUGGCCUGUUUUAUACCGAGUCGGGCCUCUGGGAAUGUGGCUGAAUACUAUAUCAAUAAUAUUGCUUUAUUAUUCACUCAACAAUGUGCACGGAGUGUUCGACGACGUCCACUACACUUUAUUCGGCAACUUGGCUUCGACACCAGACCUCCUGAACGACACUGAAGGUGACCUCGACAACACAACGACAGACGACUAUGACACACCCGAUGAACUCGACAUGGAGUUCCCUAACGUAUUCACUUUCCGCCGGACCAACCUAACCGAAGCGUUCGACAUACAGGACUAUAACCUCGUCAACGAACAAUUCACUAAUUCCUCAAAACAUAUAAGGAAUCAGACAAGAAGAUUUUCCUACUACGAUAAAGAUGACAAAAAGUACAAGGAAAAAAUAGAAAGUUACAAAAAAGGUCUGCUGGUCAAUAUUUUAGUGCAAUUCGUAAUGCAUGCGAGGUAUGAGGUGGGCAAGGCUUUGACCCAGCGUGAUAAAGUUAGAGACGAUAAGAGAUAUAAGCUUGGGUACUUGUUCAAUCGGCUACGUAGAUUGAAGACUGACCAGCUGAAGAUGGUGGGGACAGCGUGGUAUCAGAACAGGACGUCUCAUAGGAGCCUUUUCUCCUUGAUGAGGUUCUAUGAAAGGGUUGUACAUUUCGACGUUGAUAUUCGAGAUACGUGUAACCUGGUCAAGAAAGUAUUUUCAGUGGUCGCGCCUUAUGACAUUUUCGACGACAAAAAGAAAAAGAAAAAGAAUAAGAAGACAUAAAUUAUUUUAACUUAUUAAAAGGUUAAUAAACCAUAAUCGUUU